AUGGCCAACCCUAAAAAUCUAGUUCACGCUUUCCCAACCCUUCUCUUCGUCGCCUUAGUUGUCUCGGGACAUACAUCCGCGAGACCCCUAGACGGUGAUAACGUCAGAGUGAUUACUCCCGACGAGAAGAAAAACACGCCGCAAGUUGAUUCACCAGUCAUCUUGUCCUACGAUCGCAAUUACAAGGUAAGCGUGAAACCGGAAGAACAACCCGUGGUGGUCCAAUCCCCCGCGGAGAUCAAACAUGUGGACCCAGAAAAUUUGCCACAUGUCAUCCCGUCUAAUCCUGACGAGAAGAAAAACGCGCCAUCGGUAGAUAUACCCAUUGUCAUCUUGUCUAACGAUAAGAAGGAACGCGCGGUACAAGAAAAAAUACCCAUUGUCAUCCCGUCUUUAGGUGGGAAGGGGGCAUCGGAAAAGUUGCCGGUAGUUAUCCCGUCUUUUGGUGGGAAAGCAAGUGGCGGGGCAUCGGAGAAGUUGCCAGUGGUUAUCCCGUCUUCUGGUGGGAAGGCAAGCAAGGCAUCGGAAAAGUUGCCGGUGGUCAUCCCGUCUGGCAAAAAGCCACUUCCUCCACCUUCGGCCCUGAGCCCAGGAACCAAUGGUGGUUCCUACUAG